AUGGGAGAAUACAAACCAAUUGGUCGCGAAGUUCUAAUUAAGGGCUAUUUAAGAAAAGCUCCUUCAGCUGGUAGAAAACUGAAAUACCAAGGCCUAAGUUUUCUUUGCACGGGCUGCCACGUCCUUCUUGAGCCCCGAUGGAAGAAACGGUUUUGUGUAUUCUACAAAAUUCGUAAUCCAACUGAAACUCAGAUAUUCUUUGAAUAUUACAAGAAUGAGUCGGACAAUCAUCCCCUAGGUGGUGUAGACCUCAACUCCUGCGACUGCAUCUAUGAACAAAAGGCUUGUAAUAGAUGGUCUAAUGUGUUCGUAAUAAAAACCACGUAUCGAGGCAAGGUGCGUGAUUACCUCUUCUCUGCCGAUUCAUUGGAAGAAAUGAAUGAUUGGAUCUCACAACUUACUAAGGUUUUGCGUAUGGUACCCGACCAAAUCCCGGGUUCACCUCUCGUUGAUAUGAUUGGGCGAAACAGUUCCAGUUUAACCCACUUUACAUCCCGAAGACCAGUGAUGUCCACUGUAAUUCCAGCAACCACUGCUAAAGUGUCAAAUUUUCUCAUGAACUCCAACGAAUCCAACGAGUCGCAGGGUUAUCUGGAGCGUGGGUUUACUGAGGAAUACAGAACAUCAUUUGGAGAAACUACAGCUGAUGAUGAGGACUGCUAUCACGUAUUACCGCAACCCGACCACGCUUAUGUAAACCUCAAAGGUGAUGGAAGCGCAGUCAAUGGAGCAAAUUUCCAAAGUGACCAAGAGCCUUUACAUGAUGGACACGGUCCUCGUCCGGACAGUGUCUACUUCAACGUAUGGGAUUCAUCAACAAUCGAUGCCAACAUUAAUGACGCUAUUGGCGAUCACUCCAAGUUAUCAGAAUCAGAACAGCCAGACAAGGAGGUUCUGGGCACUGCGGAGCGCAAAGAGACAAAAACGCGUUGCCAGCCACAUACCGAAGAAUCUCCUUGCUCCAUCCCCGAGAAUUUUAGCAAAACCCAGUUGCCUAAACGAUCCCGAACCCAUACAACCUCGUCUUCAUCGAGUGCGGUCUCAUUCGGUGACAUUAAUGAGAGUGAUGCCGAUGGUAACGGAAACGCUAGCAGCUCGAUACCCCUCAGCGGUGCUGGCGAGGCCGAGGCUGCAGCUUCACUAUCCAAUGAUUUUGCUCCCUCCAUUCUGGGGGAAGGCGCUGGUACGAAGCCGAAGAGCGCAUCAGACGCUGCUGCUGCUACCAGCGGAUCAGCGAUCCACUAUUUGGAUGCGGAAAACCUGGAUUUUCCUCCGCAUCAACGCGGCAGUCAUGGAGUGGCGAAUGCGUUUCCAGCCGUUCCUCCAAAGCCUGUGCAUCUGCGUCGGAUGACCCCAGCGGGGGCGACAGCGACAGAGAAUAAUGCAUCUAGCGAUGUCAGCUCAAGUGGUUACAACGAGCUUGAUCCGCGCAGCACGCAAGCAUUUUUCAUGGUCACCAAGAGGGUUUUCGGGGAUGCUGAUGGGGCUUAA